UCAAGAUGGGUGGGGCAUUUACGUUGUAGAUGUCUAUGGGCUCCAGUAACCACUUAAUACCAGAUGACUGUGAUCUCGUCCACCCAUAUAAACAAUAAAAAAUAAAUAGUGUUUUUUUUUUCACAAAUAUCAAAAGUAACCACAAUUAAAUUUAUCAAAAGCAGUAAGUACCAAUGACUCAAUCACAAUCUCGGGUUGAAGUUAUCGAACGUGAAAACUGUUGAGAUAAGACGCAUUCGCUACGCAGCUUCCUACCGAAGUAGUCAGAUAUACGCACGUAUAAUGUACGCGAGCUGUCUUCUGCUGGGGACGGUGAUCGUCGGGGUGGUCAGUUUCCCCCAGCUGUUCGAGACGAAGAAGUUCAAGAUCGGAAUAGAGUAUGACAAUUCGCUACCGAUGACGGGUGGAUCUGACAGGUUCAGACACAGGAACAACUAUGAUCCUUUCUACGUCACAGUCAACGCGACAGUCAAGAAAGGCUUCGUGAUCUCAUAUUUAGAAGUUACAGCAACAGUAGACGCCUUGGGUGAAGUGGAUUUCAACCUCAUCAGAGGACAAAGUGGGUCAAAGUCUGUGGCGUUCCAGCUGGUCUCGAAUCAUUCGGACUUCUUGGCGUACUCCUACUUGACGUAUGGCAUCAGGGAGGAGGAGUAUAGAAAGAUCAAAAAUAUUAUUUCUCUUCCAAUGACGAACAACGGAAUUAAACUCAACCAAAACUGGCUCGCGAUUUCAAUGUUUAUUUUUACUUAUUUACUCAAUGUUAUAUUAAAAUAAAUUGUAUAACUAUAUAAUAUUAUUAUCUUAAUUAAAACUAAGUUUAUAUUACCUA